CUGCAGUCCUCGCAAUUAUUUUCUCUUCAACUGUUUCAAGCUCGCCAAUCCUUAAGAGCCUGGAUAAAGGAGCGGAUGACUAUUUAAUAAAACCAUUUUCUGCACGAGAAUUAAUUACCCGUAUUCGCACUAAUAUUAAGCUCUCUAUUAUUCGGCGUGAAAUAUACUUUCAACGAUUUGAACAAGAAAGAACAAAACAAUUACUAUUUACGAUAUCGAACACGAUUCUUUCCGAAGUAGAUCUAAAUAAAAAGUUUCUAAAUGUUAUUAAAGAAAUCUAUAAUAGAUUACCAUGUGAUAGGAUAUUUAUUAUUUCAAAUGAACAGUCUGAAUCAAACAAUAAAAUAGUUGCUUUAUAUGAAGAUUUGGAAAAUAUAACUCCGAUAAUUAAUCCUUUCUUGGAAAUUAAUUAUAAAAAUAAAUCCCAAACAUUUACUAAAUCACAAGAAUAUUUAAAUAAUAACUCAGGAAUAAAUAUUUCCUUAGAUGAAUAUUGUGAUAAUGUUAAUAAAAAUGCAUCAAUAUUAUCUAUAGAAAUAAUAUUGAAUAAUGGCUCUUGGGGAUGGUUAAAAUUGCACAGAUCUCCGAAUUCAAUUUGGCUUGAUUCUGAAAUAGAGUUAUUACAACAGGUAUCGAAUCAAAUAAGUUUAGCUAUUACUUAUGCAGAAUUAAUAGAAGAGAAUGCCAAAAAGGAAAUUCAAAUAAAAGUUGCUGAAGCUGCAAAUGUUACUAAGAGUCAAAUAUUAGCAAAUACUUCUCAUGAAUUACGAACUCCACUAGGUGCAAUAGUGGGUAUUCUUUCUUCUUUUGAUACCAAUACCUUAUCAGCUGAUCAAAGGGACAUGAUUACUAUUAUGGCACGUGCAUCUGAUAUAGUGUUAUCCAUUGUAAAUGAUAUUCUUGAUGUAGCAAAGUUAGAAGCACACAAAGUCACUCUUAUAAAUAGAACAUUUGAUUUAUUAGAUUUGUUAGAUAGUAAAAUUGAUGAAUUUGGAAAAAAAGCCGGGAAUAAAAAUGUUGAGCUAAUUAUAAAUUACGAGACAGAUUCGUUGCCAAGAUAUGUUAAGAGUGAUCCAGAAAGAGUUAAAUUUACUGAUCAAGGUAAAAUUAUAUUAAGAAUUUCAAUGCAAUCACAAGCCAAUGAUAAAAACAAAGAGGAUCCAACUUACAAUCAAAUUGUUAAAAAAGAAAAUCUUUUAAUAGAAUUAUAUGAUACUGGUAUUGGCAUGGAUCCAAAAUAUAUACAACAUGCUUGGAAAAGCUUUUCGCAGGGUGACAUGUCAUUAACUAGGAGACAAGAUGGUACAGGGCUUGGUCUUUCGAUUUGUAAAAAUCUUGUAGAAAUUAACGGAGGAGAAAUUAAUGCAAAAAGUCAAUUGGGAAAAGGAAGUAAAUUUUGGUUUACAUGGAAUGUUGAAUCAUUAACAAUGACUCAUUCGUUAUUAGAGACUCAAUAUGAUGAGCAAAUAGGUCAUGCUACAAGAAAAAAGCGAAUGCUAAUAAUUCACCCAGUUGAAGAUGUGAGAAAUGCAAUGUUAAAAUAUCUCAAAAUGAUUGAAAAAGUUGAUGCAUUUGACACCUUUGACAAAGGUAUUACAGCAGCAAAAAGAUAUGAAGAAUUACAUAAUCGACCUGCUUAUAAUAUAACAUUUAUUGGCCUUUAUGAAAAUAAUAAAGAAGAAGUCUUGAAAGCAGCUUUAGAACUAAGAGGAUUAGGAAUAAAUAGUAAAAAUUUAGAAAUAAUAUUUAUAGUAUUUCCGAAUUAUGAAAUGAAUGAAUUGGCAAACAAAUUAAUCGAAAAAGUUGGGGGAACAACUUCAAUUCUUUAUACUCCUAUUACAUUAAAAAAAUUAGUUAAUCAAUUUAUGCAUUUAGAAAAAAACGACGAUAACAAUAAUUAUAAAAGUAUUUACACCUAA